GUUGUAGCUCUUCCGGUUAAUUUGUGUGCGUGUGUGUGUUUAUAUUUUGGUGUGUGACAGGAACGUCAGUAAUGACGUUUCACGCCCCAACAGUGCAUUCUGGGUCCGACCCAAGAUGGCUGCGCCCUUGCAGAAGUGCUGAAGAAGUGCUACACCGGAGAAAUUCCUGGGAUUGUGUGUAAUUUCCACCAAAACCACCACAUUGAAUUAGCUCCCAGGGUCGCUGGUUUGUAGAAAAAGCCCUCAGGACCCCCUUCAUCGAUAAGUGUGGCCGGCGCUUCGUGUGGCUGUGGCAGACUGUCCGUGUGAAGAUGGGCCUCGUCUCCAGCCCCUUCCCAUAGCGAAGAGCCGUGGGGACAGGAGCCGCAGAUUCCCCUGCAAACACGCGCCCGUCCAACUUGCAUUUGACGGGUUUGACUUGCUGUACCGGCUGUGGACGCUGCCCUACAAUUUUCUGACCAGGAUUAUUUGUGCGACCGUAUCUGUCGUCGUUCGCAGACGGAGAGCUUCCUCAGUCCGGGUUGUGAAUCCCGCCGCACCAAGGGCCCUGAUGAAGAUGGAGUCAGACUUGCUUCAUUCACCGGCCGUGGGCCUCGCAGAGGAAGAGGAAGCCGAUAUGAAUGACUGGAAGCUUCCUUUGGCCUUCAUGAAGAAGAGGCACUUGGAGAAGAUUGAGGGCUCUAAAGCUUUAGCACAGAGCUGGAGGAUGAAGGACAGGAUGAAGACUGUGAGUGUAGCCCUGGUGUUGUGUCUCAAUGUGGGGGUAGACCCUCCUGAUGUGGUCAAGACCUCCCCCUGUGCCCGACUGGAGUGCUGGAUAGAUCCUCUAUCGAUGAGUCCACAAAAAGCUCUGGAGACCAUCGGGGCCAACCUGCAGAAGCAGUAUGAGAACUGGCAGCCCAGGGCACGUUACAAGCAGAGUUUGGACCCCACAGUGGACGAAGUGAAGAAACUCUGCACAUCGCUGAGACGCAACGCCAAAGAGGAGCGAGUCCUCUUCCACUACAACGGCCACGGAGUGCCACGGCCCACUGUCAACGGAGAAAUCUGGGUUUUUAAUAAGAACUACACCCAGUACAUCCCGCUGUCCAUCUACGACCUGCAGACGUGGAUGGGGAGCCCGUCCAUUUUCGUUUACGACUGCUCCAACGCGGGAAUCAUCGUCAAGUCGUUUAAACAGUUUGCUCUGCAGAGAGAGCAGGAGCUGGAGGUGGCAGCCAUCAAUCCCAGCCACCCACUUGCACAGAUGCCACUGCCCCCCUCCAUGAAGAACUGCAUCCAGCUGGCUGCCUGUGAGGCCAGUGAGCUGCUGCCGAUGAACCCGGACCUCCCAGCUGACCUCUUCACCUCCUGCCUCACCACACCGAUCAAGAUCGCCCUCCGAUGGUUUUGUAUGCAGAAGAGCGCUAAGUUGGUGCCGGGGGUGACGUUAGACCUCAUUGAGAAGAUCCCUGGCAGGCUCAACGACAGACGCACACCACUCGGAGAACUCAACUGGAUCUUCACAGCCAUCACCGACACGAUUGCAUGGAAUGUGCUGCCCAGAGAUCUGUUCCAGAAGUUGUUUCGUCAGGACUUGCUGGUGGCCAGCUUGUUCCGCAAUUUCCUUCUAGCGGAGAGGAUAAUGAGGUCGUACAACUGUACACCAGUCAGCAGCCCCCGUCUGCCCCCCACGUACAUGCACGCCAUGUGGCAAGCUUGGGACCUGGCCGUGGACAUCUGCCUCUCUCAGCUGCCUACUAUCAUCGAGGAGGGCACUGCCUUCAGACACAGUCCAUUCUUUGCAGAGCAGCUGACGGCUUUCCAGGUGUGGCUGACUAUGGGUGUGGAGAACAGAAACCCUCCUGAGCAGCUCCCGAUUGUACUGCAGGUCCUCCUGAGUCAGGUGCAUCGACUGCGGGCCCUUGAUCUGCUCGGACGGUUUUUGGAUUUGGGGCCGUGGGCCGUCAGUUUGGCCUUGUCUGUGGGGAUCUUCCCUUACGUGUUGAAGCUGCUGCAGAGCUCAGCCCGAGAGCUGCGACCACUGCUGGUUUUCAUUUGGGCCAAAAUCCUUGCUGUGGAUAGUUCGUGUCAAGCGGACCUGGUCAAAGACAACGGACACAAGUACUUCCUGUCUGUGUUGGCUGACAGCUACAUGCCAGCCGAGCAUCGAACUAUGGCCGUCUUCAUUUUAGCUGUUAUUGUCAACAGCUACAACACAGGACAGGAGGCGUGUCUGCAGGGCAACCUGAUAGCAAACUGCCUGGAGCAGCUGUCAGACCCCCACCCCCUGCUCCGGCAGUGGGUGGCUAUUUGCCUGGGCCGCAUCUGGCAGAACUUCGACCCGGCGCGCUGGUGUGGCGUUCGAGACAGCGCCCAUGAGAAGCUGUACACGUUGCUGUCGGACCCCAUCCCUGAGGUGAGGUGUGCAGCUGUUUUUGCUUUGGGGACAUUUGUUGGAAACUCUGCUGAGAGGACGGACCACUCCACCACCAUCGACCACAAUGUGGCCAUGAUGCUGGCCCAACUCAUCAACGAUGGCAGCCCCGUAGUCCGCAAGGAGCUGGUGGUAGCGCUGAGUCACCUGGUGGUCCAGUAUGAGAGCAACUUCUGCACCGUUGCCCUCCAGUUCAUAGAAGAAGAGAAGAACUACACAGUGCCGUCUCCUGCCAGCACAGCGGGGAUUAGACUAAAUUUAAGGAGAAGUUCAAAGGAUCUAAAGCUGGAAUUAAACUUCUCUGCAAAUACAGAGCCCGGUAACCUGACUCCAGUAAGGGAUAGCCCGGCCAUCCCUCGGCUGAGAUCUGUCAACUCCUACACCAACAUCCGAGCUGCUACUACGACCCGCAAUCUGAACAAAAGCCUGCAGAACCUCAACCUCAAUGAAGAAGGUGGACCAGCAGCCUUUUCUCCUGGAAACUUGAGCACCAGCAGCAGCGCCAGCAGCACACUGGGGAGCCCCGACAACGAUGAAUACAUCCUUUCCUUCGAAACCAUUGACAAGAUGCGACGGGUUUCCUCGUACUCAUCCCUCAACUCCCUUAUAGGUGUGUCCUUCAACAGUGUUUACACACAGAUCUGGAGGGUGCUGCUACAUCUGGCUGCCGACCCUUUUCCCGAAGUAUCUGAUCUGGCCAUGAAAGUCCUCAACAGCAUCGCCUACAAGGCAACAAUGAACGCUAGACCUCAGAGGAUCCUGGACUCAGGAUCGCUGACCCAGUCGGCCCCGGCCAGCCCCACCAGCAAGGGCACGCACAUCCACCAGGCAGGCGGCUCUCCACCCAUGCCCAGCACCAGCAGCUCCAGCCUAACUAACGACGUCCCUAAACCUCCUGCCAGAGAGCAGCCGGCUACACGACCUCCCUACACCCCAACGCUGGGAGGGCAGGCGCCGCACUCGCACCAGUUCCCUCGCACCCGCAAGAUGUUUGACAAGGGACCAGAGCAGGCAGCUGAGGAUGGCGACGAGCCGGGGGGCCACAGGAAUUACAUCAGUCUGGCCCUGCAGACCGGCCUCUGUGAUUGGAGCGCCAAGUACUUUGCCCAGCCUGUCAUGAAGAUCCCAGAGGAGCAUGACCUGGAGAGUCAGGUGAGGAUGGAGCGACAGUGGAGGUUCCUGAGAAAUACUCGUGUGAGGAGGCAGAGUCGAAGUAUCACACAAAGAGGCAUUUCCCGUCUGGAUGAUCAAAUAUUCAUCAACCGUAAUCCUGGAGUACCAUCUGUUGUGAAGUUUCACCCCUUCAACACCUGCAUCGCUGUGGCCGACAAGGACAGCAUCUGUUUCUGGGACUGGGAGAAGGGUGAGAGGUUAGACUACUUCUACAACGGAAACCCUCGUUACACUCGCAUCACAGCCAUGGAGUACCUGAAUGGGCACGACUGUUCAUUACUACUCACUGCAACAGAUGACGGAGCGCUGCGCAUCUGGAAGAACUUUGCCGACCAGAAGAACCCAGAGAUGGUGACGGCGUGGCAGGGCCUCUCCGAUAUGCUGCCAACUACGCGAGGUCAGGCCACCACCAGCACCCACAGUCUGGCCAGAAGGGUUUCCAUCUAUCUUGACAGGAGUAAGCAAGGAGGAGCUGGGAUGGUUGUGGACUGGGAGCAGGAGACGGGUCUUCUCAUGACGUCUGGAGACGUUCGAGUCAUCAGGAUCUGGGAUACCGACAGAGAGAUGAAGGUCCAGGACAUCCCAACCGGAGCCGACAGCUGUGUGACCAGCCUGUCCUGCGACUCCCAGCGUUCGCUCAUCGCUGCAGGUCUGGGCGACGGAUCCGUGCGUGUCUUUGACCGCCGGAUGGGCCCUAAUGAAUGUCGUGUGAUGACGUACAGGGAGCACGGAGCCUGGGUGGUUAAAGCCCACCUACAGAAGGAGACAGACGGACUCAUCAUCAGCGUCAGUGUUAACGGAGACGUUCGGUUCUUUGAGCCCCGGACGCCAGACUCAAUCAAUGUGCUGCAGACUGUAAAGGGAUUAACAGCCUUGGACAUCCACCCGCAAGCCAACCUCUUCGCCUGUGGAUCGAUGAACCAGUUCAUAGCUGUCUACAAUGCAAACGGUGACGUUAUCAGCAACAUUAAGUACUACGACGGCUUCAUGGGGCAAAGGAUCGGCGCCAUCAGCUGUUUAGCCUUCCAUCCUUACUGGCCCCACUUGGCGGUCGGCAGCAACGACUACUACAUGUCCAUCUAUUCAGCAGAGAAGAGGCUGAGAUAACACACCAGCAUCCAUCACCCCCCCUCCCACCAACACACUUGACUUCUGACCUUGAGCCUCGAGCACUGGGAUGUAAAUGAUGUACAUACGCACAAAUUACCACCCUGAAUGUUCAGUGAUGGCUGCUGAUAAAAUCUCUUGCUAUGAACAACUAUAUAUAUAUAUAUAUAUAUAUAUAUAUAUAUAUAUAUAUAUAUAUAUAUAUAUAUAUAUAUAAAUGAAAAUAUAUAAAUAAUAAUAUCAUUGUUUAUUCAUAUUCUUAUUAUGAAGCUGAUGAUUGUAGACUUGGCCGUGCAGAGGAGUGUGUAUAUUUAAAUAACAGAAGAAAAGAGGUUCUAUUUUAAGGAAAUGGACCCACUGAUCCCUGCGGCUCCUCCUCGCCACACAGCGAGCAUCACUACCUGAAUGAACUAUUACCUGACCUGCAUGUGGCGAGAGAGGGGUCCCACACUGUUAAACCCCACUCACUGGUGCAGGAAACAAGGACUCACCCAUCUGCUGGACCCCGGCUUGUUUGUAAUUUCAUUUUUAAGGCCGCAUCACAGCCAAAGGAUGUAGAGUUCUGCGGCUUUUCUGCCCCCCGAUGCCAAGACAUUUAAAAAGAUGGACCCAGUUAUGGCGGUUGUGCUUGUUGUCGGAUACCAGGCAGAAAUGAUAAGGGUUUGUUUUUCUGUGUGUGAUUGUGUGUGUGUGUGUGUGCGUGCAUGCGUGCGUGUGUGUGUGUUAUAGCACAGAUGUGCCCACAGUGGGCUCUCACAGCCUUGAACUUUAUGGAUGCCCUAAAAGACUCCUGCUCCUCUACUACAGAUCCCCUUUUUGCUUCCCUGAUCCCAUUGUGCCAGCCCUAAUCAUGAUCAUCCAUGCUAGCCACUUGUUUGUGACUCAGCAGUGUUAUUGCUGAUUUGUUUAUUUUAACUAAGGGAAAACCUGCAUCACCCCCAGGACAACAUCAACUCUGUCCCACCUGGAAGUUACUGUACCUGCCUGCCUGCCCUGCAAAGCAAUAAGAUGCCUCAUGCUGCUCCUGCCUCAGUCAGAAACUAGCACCUCCACUGACACAGCACAGCAAUACAAACGCACCCGUUUCCAUGGUGUCAUGCUUUUUCUUUCCUCCUCAGAGUACCAGAUGGCUGCGUUGUUCCCAUCUGCUGUGACAGGAAAGAUCAAAUCAAUUGGUUUCCUGUUUCCUGUUAAAAGUCUUUGCUGAUCAGUACGUCCAAAUUCUGCCUCUAAAGGAUCUGAAGAGGAACAAACAAGAACCUUUUCAGCUCAUUUUGGCUCAUCUCUUUAUGACUCCUUGGAGACUAACAGAAUUUGUUUCUACUCUUCGUCUAAAUUUUCUUUAAAUCUUCUAUAUUUUUAUUUUUUUCUUCUUAAUUUUGGUUUUAUUUCUCCAGCCUUCUUCCUCGUGAUCAUGUGUUAGAGAGCUGCAGGAGUGAAGUUAGUUGUAUGUUAAAUGGAUGCUGACUCGCCUGCGGCGCCCAGUUCAGUACACGCUCACCUCAUCAGGUUUUAGUCAAGCGCCCUGAUUUUGCUCAGGUAUCUCAUGAGUCACCUAAGCUGAGGUCAGUCACAUGAUCUGAUGCAGCUUCCCUCCAGGGAUGUAAGUUGUAGAGAUGAAUGUUCUUGAGAUGCUGGUUUGGUGAAGGUGUGUGCACCAACGACGUGCCUCUUCUCUGGGGCUGCAGUUUUGCCUUCUUAGCCUUUUUUGUUUUUUUCUGUUAAUAUUUCUGUUUCUUUAAUUUAUGUUUUUAAUUAUUCUAGUGUUUUGUUUGCCUUGGCCUCAGUGAUGUGGAGGAAAACUUAAAGACGUGUGGACAGCCUUACCCACACACGCUGCAGUUAACAGUUUUUGUCGCCAACACACCUCAGCGGCUGCUCCCUCCUCUUCCCUUUUCCCGCUCCAAACUUGAUUUUUCCCCUGCAGAAGGAGGGGAGUCGGGAACUGAAAGUGAACUGGGAUCUCCCUCCGGUCCAUGUAAGCGACUGCAGCUGCGGUCACCACAUAACACCCACCAUCACGCCACCAUCGGGCUCGUUGGUGCUCUGUCUUUCUGAAAGACUCAGCUCAGAGCCAUGCUCAUCACUAAUUACCCAGUUUUGAGUUUUAAGAUUUUAGAUCUGGAGAAAUGACUUUAAAAAAGUAGUAAGAAAUGAAAACUGAAAACAAUCAGGUUUGUCUUUGUGACUGUAGACUACUUUGCUGACUGUGGUUUAUAAGACAGGAGAUGAAAUCAGUGAAAUAAACCAAAUACAACACCA